AUGGCGGAGAUCCGGUCCAAGAACCUCUACGAGCUUCUUGGCAAUGACCCUGAACUCGACCCCAACAGAGCUCCCGAGCCCCCUACGAAAGCCGUAGACAGGCCCGCUCCCCGUGUUGGCAAGCGGGACGCUCCCAAGGAGGCCCCUGCCCAGCCCCGUGAGAACAACAACUCUCGCCGUGGUGGCCGUGCCACUGGCAACGAGGCCGCUUUCCGUGACCGCAACGCCGGCAGAAACAACAACCGUGAGAAGCCCACCGAUGAGAAGGACGCCCAACGGCGCGGAUUCCGCGCCCGUGAGGACCGUGGUGAGCGUGUCCGCCACGACCGCCAGUCCCGCACCGGCCAGACCGACACCCGCAAGCAGGUGAACCAGGGCUGGGGUAACCAGAGCGGCGAGAAGACUUGGGACGACGAGAAGGCCGGUGAGAACAUUGCUCAGACCGAUGAGACCGAGCCCCAGACCCCCGGCGAGGAGAAGCCCGAGGAGGCUGCCGACAAGUCCAAGUCCUACGCCGAGUACCUUGCCGAGAAGGCCGCCCAGGGUGACCUGAGCGCCAAGCCCGUCCGUGCUCCCAACGAGGGCACCAAGCUCGACAAGAAGUGGGCCGCCGCCAAGGAGCUCAAGCGUUCCGAGGAGGAGGAUGCCUACAUCAAGGGCAAGGAGGACAAGGCCAAGCGCGAGAAGCAGCGCAAGGAGAAGAACAUCCUCGAGGUCGACAUGCGCUUCGUUGAGGCUCCCCGCACUGGUGGCCCUGGUCCCCGUGGCCGUGGUGGCCGUGGUGGUCCCCGUGGUGGCCGUGGCGGCCGUGGCAACGGUCCCCGCUCCGAGCGCCCCGCUGCCGCUGCUGCUGCUCCCACUGUCGCCGUUGACGAGAAGAACUUCCCCAGCCUUGGCGGCAAAUAA